AUGACUAAGAUAGUUCAGGAGUAUUCAAGAGUUCCUAAAGAUGUCACCAAGAUAGUUCAGGAGUAUUCAAGAGUUCCUAAAGAUGUCACCAAGAUAGUUCAGGAGUAUUCAAGAGUUCCUAAAGAUGUCACCAUGAUAGUUCAGGAGUAUUCAAGAGUUCCUAAAGAUGUCACCAAGAUAAUAGUUCAGGAGUAUUCAAGAGUUCCUAAAGAUGUCACCAAGAUAGUUCAGGAGUAUUCAAGAGUUCCUAAAGAUGUCACCAAGAUAGUUCAGGAGUAUUCAAGAGUUCCUAAAGAUGUCACCAAGAUAGUUCAGGAGUAUUCAAGAGUUCCUAAAGAUGUCACCAAGAUAGUUCAGGAGUAUUCAAGAGUUCCUAAAGAUGUCACCAUGAUAGUUCAGGAGUAUUCAAGAGUUCCUAAAGAUGUCACCAAGAUAGUUCAGGAGUAUUCAAGAGUUCCUAAAGAUGUCACCAUGAUAGUUCAGGAGUAUUCAAGAGUUCCUUAA